UGCUGGUGGCUCGCUGGCUCUCUCAGCGCUCCGGCCAUGGCUGCAAUAAAGGCGCUCAACUCCAGGGCGGAGGUGGCGCGGGCCCAGGCGGCCUUGGCCGUCAACAUAAGCGCCGCCCGAGGGCUGCAGGACGUGCUGCGGACCAACUUGGGUCCCAAGGGCACCAUGAAAAUGCUUGUUUCUGGUGCGGGUGACAUCAAACUCACCAAAGACGGCAAUGUGCUGCUCCAUGAGAUGCAAAUUCAACACCCAACAGCUUCCUUGAUAGCAAAAGUAGCAACAGCCCAGGAUGACGUUACAGGAGAUGGUACUACUUCCAAUGUUCUAAUUAUUGGAGAGUUACUAAAGCAAGCUGAUCUUUACAUUUCCGAGGGCCUGCACCCUAGAAUAAUAGCUGAAGGAUUUGAAGCUGCGAAGAUAAAAGCACUUGAAGUUUUGGAACAAGUUAAAGUUAAAAAAGAGAUGAAAAGAGAAAUGCUCUUAGAUGUGGCUAGAACAUCUCUACGAACUAAAGUUCAUGCUGACCUGGCUGAUGUCUUAACAGAGGCUGUGGUGGAUUCUGUUUUGACCAUUAGAAGACCGGGUUAUCCUAUUGAUCUCUUCAUGGUGGAAAUCAUGGAGAUGAAGCAUAAAUCAGAAACAGAUACAAAGUUGAUCAGAGGAUUAAUUUUGGACCAUGGCGCCCGUCAUCCAGAUAUGAAGAAGCGAGUAGAAGAUGCGUUUAUCCUUAUUUGCAAUGUAUCGCUAGAAUAUGAAAAAACAGAGGUGAGCUCUGGUUUCUUUUAUAAGACUGCAGAAGACAAAGAGAAAUUGGUAAAAGCUGAAAGAAAAUUUAUUGAAGAUAGAGUACAAAAAAUAAUAGACCUGAAAGACAAAGUCUGUGCUCAGUCCAAUAACGGAUUUGUUGUCAUUAAUCAAAAGGGAAUUGAUCCAUUUUCUUUAGAUGCUCUUGCAAGACAUGGCAUAGUGGCUCUUCGCAGAGCAAAAAGAAGAAAUAUGGAAAGACUCUCUCUGGCUUGUGGUGGAAUGGCUGUGAAUUCUCUUGAAGACCUCAAUGUGGAUUGCCUGGGACAUGCUGGUCUUGUUUAUGAGUAUAUGCUAGGUGAAGAAAAGUUUACUUUUAUUGAGGACUGUGUUAACCCUCGCUCAGUCACCUUGUUGGUUAAAGGACCAAAUAAGCAUACUCUCACUCAAAUCAAGGAUGCUGUAAGGGAUGGACUUCGUGCUGUCAAAAAUGCCAUUGAAGAUGGUUGUGUGGUUCCAGGAGCAGGUGCAGUUGAAGUGGCAAUAGCUGCAGCUCUGGUUAGGUACAAGCACAGUGUGAAAGGGAGAGCUCUUCUCGGAGUCCAAGCCUUUGCUGAUGCCUUACUCAUUAUUCCUAAGGUUCUGGCUCAGAAUGCUGGUUAUGACCUGCAGGAAACACUAGUAAAAGUUCAGGCUGAGCAUUCAGAAUCAAGACAACUUGUUGGCAUAGAUUUGAAUACCGGUGAGCCAAUGGUAGCAGCAGAUGCAGGAGUUUGGGAUAAUUAUUGUGUGAAAAAACAACUUCUUCACUCAUGCACAGUGAUUGCCACCAACAUUCUCUUGGUUGAUGAAAUUAUGCGAGCUGGUAUGUCUUCUCUCAAAGGGUGAUUGAGUUCAAAAUCAACCUUCUAGAAGCUGAGAUUUAGCACAUCUUACAUGCACCUACCAUUAUAUGGUCUGAACCAUCCUUAAUUUUUACACAAUAAAUGCGGUUUAUAUUUGUUGGUCUUAGCAGUC